AUGGAUCGAGAGAAACCACCGCUCUCAGUUUACGCGGUCAUCCUCGUCAGCUUUGAUCAUGCACUCGGACCAACAGUCGAAUGGAGCUUCCCAGCAAGCCUAGCAGAACACGACGCACUCAGCCAACAGAUCAACCGAAACCUGCCCUUCCUGGCUCUGCCCGAUGGAGCCCAUCUCAAAACUGAAGACUAUUCCUACUUCCAUCUCUUCCUGCCUCACCUGUCGACCGACUCAACUAUCUUUGGUAUCUCUUGUAAUCGACAAAUCGUCAGCACGGAUCUUAUCAAUCCAGGCGCAGAUGUCACAAGGUCCACAGUCCAAAAAGCAGUCGUUGUGCUCGCCAACCAACCUGUGUUCGGAUGUAUCAGAGACAAACUAGGAGUCGUCACCCGAGCGCUGUUUGCCCAGAGGGACUUCACAGACCGCUCGAUCCUCGAAGAUUUCUACCACAGCUUAGCGGCCUCCUUCAAGGUAGGACUCGGCGAGGGGGGCGGGGAGGUGACGAUGCGACUGGCCGAGCCACCCAACGAUCAGCAAGCCUGUCCCUCCACUAGCCCUGCAAGCUCCACCAACGGCGCCGAGUCAACCCUCGAUCCCGAACAAGAGGCUCGGCGGGCAGAGGCACUCAGGAUCAAGAAGGGCAAACAGAAGGAACGGUCAGGUGAGGCUGCUAUGUACAUGGGUACCAACCUGCGUGAAUUGAUACAUCACUUCAGAUUGAAAACUCUGCAGUUGGUCAAGCUGUUGCUCUUACAACGCCGGAUUAUGUUCUAUGGACAUCCUGUGGAAAGCUUGUGCACCUAUCAAUACUCACUCGUCUCUUUAAUCCCAUGUCUACUAGUCAACCUGGAAGACUCCGGCUCACCCAUGCUGGCCGAACGGUCUCGAAAAAUCUCCCAACCGACGUCCCUUCAAACCUCUGAUCGCCACAGUCUAUUGAAAUACUUCGGACUGCCCUUGGACAUUUUCGGACAAGAUUCCUUCUUCCAACCUUAUUUACCCCUGCAACAGAUCGACCUCUUGAAAGCUUCAACAUACUUGGUCGGAACAACAAAUACGAUUUUCCAGCAGCAAAAGGAUUGCAAGAUUGAUGCUAUUGCUAACAUCGAGCUUGCUACCCUGGAGUUGAAAGAUCCCAAGCUCGCUAGUUUGAUCGCCCUUACCUCCGCAGAUCGGAAAUGGAUGGACGAGUUAAUUGAAGCUGUUGAUUCUUCUUGGAACGAGGAUGACCCUUCCCGGCCUAUUGGAAAUAAGUUUUUGGGGAGCGACGAUUAUCUUCGGAGGGAAUUCGAGAAUUAUGUUUGCUCGGCCUUGUCGGUGGUCAAGUAUUCAGAUUAUUGUGAGAAUAGUAGAGGGGGUGGACCGACAUUAGGUAAUAAUGAAUCGGCUAAUGCUAGCGUCGCGGCUUUCAACGAAGUCUUUAUCCAAGCAUUCAAAACUACGCAUGCAUUCAAGUUAUGGGACAAGCAUACGGAUAGUGUGAUCUUCGACUUGAUCGACCCGCGGCAUCCUUGCGAGGGCCGAGUGUCGGUGGUAGAGGACGUAGGAAUUUGGUUAUCGCACGGGAUCAAAGACCUCAAGCUCGACGAAACGCUCUCCAAAAGCUCCGAGAGCGUCUGGAAAUUGGCUUCUAGUAUCCGCACCGACUUUGCAAAACGACAGGCCGAGUAUAAGGAGAAAUCCAUCCUCCAAAGCAACCCUGCCAAAUCCUCGGAGCAGGGCACUGCGGCCGCCGUCGGCGGUGCGGUUGACUCGAGCAAUGUGGCCGAGGAAAGGGACGUGGCGAAAGAUGCUAACGGGGAAAACGCAGCAGAGCCCCCUCCGAUUCCGUCCCGAGCAUCAUCCAUUGCGACCUCCUUCAGCAGCUUCUUCUUCGGCACCAACAGUACCAACGCCAACGGAGAUACAAACAGCGGCACUGUCCCUCACACCUUGCCAACCAAGAACGGCCGGCCGGCAUCCAUCGGCACGGAUAUCGCUAAUAACUCUUCUAAGACUGGCGCGACGACUACUGCUUCCCCUAUCCAGUCGUUCUUCCGUUAUAGCUGA